CGCUGGUGAUGUCAUCGCCGGCCACGAUGUCAUUUCCUCCCUUCCCGGGGGUGACCUCACUGAUGAGGUCGUCCCCGGAGGUGACCUCACUAAUGAUGUCAUCGCAAGGGAUGACAUGACGUUUCCCGGGCCGGGGGCUGCCCCUUCCGCUGACAUCAGCGCCGCGGGUGAUGUCACUUCCUCCCUGCCGGGAGACACUAUUGGCCCGGAGCUCCGACCUGCCGGUGACCUCAUCGGUGACAUCAUCGGUGACGCUUCCGCUUGGAACGACUUCCCCGAUGAUGUCACGCCUGAGGACGACGUCACUUCCUUCCUCCCCGGCGGGGGCGCGGGGCGGGACGUCUGUCCCCAGGCUGACGUCAGCGAUGAUGUCACCCGGGGAGCCGCCCUCGCUGACAUCACCGGGGGUGGCGCCGCCCCCUCCCUGCCGGGAGCCCUUUCUGCCCGGGAUGACGUCACGGGUGACCUCAGCCCGGGGGCGGAGCGACCCCCCCGACCCCUCAAAGAACCUCCCUGCCCGGCCGAUGACAUCACCGAUGACGUCGCCGCCGACGCGCCCAGCGAGGGGGGCGGCAGCCGAGGCCACGCCCCAGACGCCCCCCAGCCCCAGACGCCCCCCCCCGGCUGCCCCCUCGUCUUCCUCGCCCUCGUCUGCCUCCUCCUCGCCCUCCUCCUCCUCGCCGGGGUCUUCGCGGCCGUCCAUUACGUCAAGGUCUUCAUCAUCAGCUCGGCCACCUUCUCCGUGCCGGUGGCCGAAUCCUUCCCAUGAGCCUUUGCGAGGUGGGGGGGGGGACAAGAUGGUGGCCGG